GCUUACAACACUUGAAGAGCAAUUUAAGAGACCGGAUGAAAGGAAUUGAUAAUGGCUUCAGGGAUCACCUAGUAAGUAGUUUGGGUGAUUGUGCUUAUGAGCCAACUGUGGUAGGGUUCCAUGAAAAGCUUGCAAAAUUAAAAGAGGAGGGUAAACAACGAGCACAUGAUUUUUUCAAGGACUUGGCACCUGAGCACUGGGCAAAUUCAUACUUCAGGGGCAUGCGUUAUGGGGAGAUGACUUCCAAUGCGGCGGAGUCAUUUAAUAACUGGAUUAAAGAAGCGCGUAAUCUUCCUAUCACUCAAAUGGUGGACACAAUUCGUACUCAGUUGAUGCGGCAAAUGUCUGCACGGCGUGACCAAGCAAACAAAUGGAAUGAGCUUAUUUGUCCUACAUUUGAAACAAGGCUUAUGGAUUCGUUCAAUAACAGCAGGUCUUGGCAAGUUAGCAAAGCCAAUGAGAAUGUGUUUGAAGUACAUUCGAUACCAUCUGUCACUGUUGAUGUUGCGAGGCGUACAUGUUCGUGCUUCAAAUGGCAAAUCAACGGAUUCCCAUGUGACCAUGCUGUUGUUGCCAUUCAGAAGAGCCGCUACAAUCUCAAUGAUUGUGUGGAACAUUACUUUCAUGUACAGACAUAUCGUGGAGCGUAUUCGGGUGCCAUAUUCCCUAUACCAUCGGUGGAGAAGCCGUCUUUUGAUCCCAUGGACUUCACUAUAUACCCGCCAACUGUGAAAAGACCACCCGGAAGGCCGAAAAAGAAUAGGAUCCCAUCAAGGGGUGAGAAACUUAAGCAAAUAAGGUGCGGGAGAUGUGAUAAGCUGGGGAGCCAUAAUCGGAAGUCAUGCAAGGAGCCGAUAUAGGAUGUACAUUUUUCAUUUUAACGUUGUGUUUUACAUUGGAUUCUUAUAUUCAUUUCACAAAUAAGAUUGUGUUGUGUUGGCAAGCAAAAUAAUGGUUUGGCAAACUUAGUAUUUCAUUUGUGCCUUUUCAUUUUCUUUUUCUGUACGAAACUGAUUUUUUGUUAAAGUUGUAAUGAUAAAUACAUGAUGUGGACAUUCACACUUACGUAAACGAAUCAUAUUAUGUGAAAACUUGCACAUGGGUUGGACGUUUUUACCUUAUUGUUGUCAAUGUUGACAUGAAUACAAGAUGUGAU